UGAUAGGUCAUCCAUUUAUAUUCCUUGUAGUUAAUGAUCGAUUUAAAGUUCAGCACGGAAACUCCAACAAUAAAUAUGAGGAGCAGGGGCGCACCAUGUCAUUUUCCUGCACGUUUUUAUUUAAACUUUUGAACCAUGGUGUCGUCGCUUCAAGCAAAGCGUUUCGUGCACGACACAACGUCCCUGCCGCCGCACGGGGCUACUACAACAUCCCCGAGAAACCCAGGUUCCCCGGGACGUCUGGUGCGGGCAGCGUCCGGGUGGUGGACCUCCGCAGCGACACGGUGACUAAGCCCGGGCCGGCGAUGCGCCGGGCCAUGGCGGAGGCCGAAGUCGGAGAUGAUGUGAUGGGAGAAGACCCGACAAUAAAUGAGUUACAGAAAAUUGCAGCUGAUAUGUUUGGGAUGGAGGCUGCACUGUUUGUCCCCUCUGGAACCAUGAGUAACCUCAUUGCAGUGAUGGUGCACUGCAGGGAGCGUGGCGAUGAGAUGAUUGUGGGCGAUCUAUCCCAUUUACACAUCUAUGAGCAGGGAGGGAGUGCACAGUUGGCUGGUGUCCACUCCACCACAGUGACCACCCUCCCUGAUGGAACAUUUGACUUGGAGCAGCUGGAGUUGAAGAUUUGCCACGGUUACCCUGACCCCCACUAUCCUCGCUCAUGCCUCAUAUGUGUGGAGAAUACACACAAUAUACAGGGAGGACGCGUGCUUCCUCUGACCUUCCUGCAGGAGGUGCGUACUUUAGCAGACAAACAUGGUCUGUCAGUUCACAUGGAUGGAGCAAGGGUGAUGAACGCUGCUGUGGCCCAGGGGGUGCCUCCAUCCACCAUCCUGCAGCACACACACACCGUCAGCGUGUGCCUGUCCAAGGGUUUGGGUGCCCCUGUGGGAAGCAUGCUGGCUGGACCCAAAAACUUCAUAUCCCAGGCAGUACGAUGCCGUAAAGCCCUGGGUGGGGGGAUGCGGCAGGCUGGUAUACUAGCAGCAGCAGGAAAGCUGUCUUUACUGGAGAAUGUAGAAAAACUGCAGGAGGAUCACCGCAAUGCAAAAACCUUUGCUCAAGCUCUGCUCCAGUGUGAUCCUCCUCUGUUCAUUGUAGACACAGCAGCUGUGGAGACAAACAUCCUGUGUUUCCAUCUACAGGAACUUGGCCUGAGCCCCUCUGAGUUUUGUGCCCGCAUGGGUCAGGUUUGUGAGGGAGAGGAGGCAGCACUGGGACAGGGGAUUCAAGUUCUCAUGUGCCCUUAUUUUGGAAAUUCAGUACGAGCUGUGUGGCAUCUUGGGAUAUCCCCUGAAGAUACCCAGCUGGCCAUCCAGAAAAUGCAGUUUGUGGCUUCACAGUACUUGGAAAAACUCAGGGCCCAGUGAAACCUCAUGUUUCCAAAGAUGUAUAGUCUAAUUACUAGGAAGGAUCUGAGAAUUUCUGCACAGACUAAUCUAGAUGAACACUGAAGGACUAUAUACAACAAAUACAACAUGAGUCACUUUAGAUCGUUGAUCUCUUUAUAUCACUAUUCACUUCAUUCAAUUCAGUUCUCGUCAUGUAUUAAAUGUUAUGAGCCACUGUUGUCUCUUGUCAGUUUGUUUCAUUUAUUACCAUAUAUCUUUUAUUACAGAGUAUAGAGCGUCCUAACAUCUGUCAUUGCUAUUAUGUAUUAAUUUGAGCACUAAAUUGAUCAAUAUUUUUUAGAGGUUCUAAAACAUUGUUUUAUUAACCUUAACCUCUUACUGUGAGUGUCAUGGUUCUACAUGAACACAAUCUGCCCAACCAGUCUUAUUAUUUCACCUGAGAGGCUUAGCUUCUCUUUUUGUCUUUUUGUAUUAUUCUGGUUUGGCAGUGCUGUUAUGUAGUCAUUAAAAUGCAUUGUUCUUCAAAAACAAUUUACAAUGUAGUAACCAUACAGUCACAAGGUGGCACUGCUGUAUC